AUGGGUGUGGCACUGACCAGGUCAGCGCAGUGGACUGCUGCUGGACAUGGGACUGGAGCCUUGGAAGUUACCCCUCUAAAUGAAGUGAUAUUGAAAGAAAUUAUUAUGUUUGUGGAGAGUUUUAUCUAUAAAUAUCCCCAGGAGGCAAAAUAUGUUUUUAUGGAGCCACUGGAAUGGAAUACAAGCUUGCACCCUUCAGUAUUUGAAUCAGGUUACGUUGUCAGUGAAACAACAGCCAAAUCAGAAGAAGUUGAUAAAAACGGACAGCCUUUGCUCUCUCUCUCUGUACCACAAAUUAAAAUUAGGACCUUUGGGCAGCUGUCACGCUUUUUAUAUUUUGCCAAAGACACAAAGCUGAAGGAAGCACAAGCAUGUAUUGAAGCUAACAGAGAUCCCAUAGCAAAAAUCCUGGGCGUGGACUAUAGUGAAAUGAAAGAAGACUCAGUUGCAUUAAAUUUUCUUGAUAAAAUUACCAAAGAUGAUCAUCCUGCAAAUGAGGUUAAGAGUAAGGUUGGCAGGCUGCUUAAGCAACUGGACCUGCACCUCCUCAACCAUACUCUAAAACACAUUUCACUAAUAAUACGUUUAAAUCCAUCACCUGUUAAAAACGACAUAGAGAUGCUCCAGAGUUGCUCAGGAAAAGGGGAGCAAACGGUCCUGGAAUCAAUCGAAUAUACCUCAAAUUAUGAAUUUUCAAAUGGAUGUCGAGCCCCACCUUGGAGACAGAUCCAUGGGGAAAUGUGUUACGUGCUGGUGAAACCACACGAUGUCGAGACACUGUGCAUUACUUGUAGUUCAGAAGGAGUGUUUUUAAAUGGUGGCAAAACAGACAAGGAUGGGGAAAUUAAUUAUGAGAGAAAAGGUGAAAUUUAUAAAGACCUUGUUACAUUUUUAAAAGACAAAUCAGCAAAAUUUUCAGAAAACAUGUCCAUACAGGAGAGUAAAUUAAGUGACAAAGGACAAAAAGAAAAGGACCAACCUACUGAAGCACCAAAGACAGAGGAACCACCUGGACUUCGUAAAUCUGUUGGUUUCCUAAAGAACACACCAGACAAGAACAAAAUCAAUCUGGUGAAGAGUCACCUGACCAAGAGAUUGGAGCCGAGUCUGAAGUGGAUAGCCACUGUUAAUGUAAAAGAUCACAAAAGUUCGGUACGAGCCAGCCAAGAAGAAAAGCAUGCUGGGAAGCCUGAAAGGUCAAAAUCCAUCGGUUCAUCUGGAAGACCUCAGUUAGUUCGUAAGAGUGCUGAGAAGAUUGAGGAAAUUAUUAGUGAGAGUUCCUCAGAGAGUGAGGAAGAUGAAGAACCACCUGAUCACCGACAGGAAGCAAAUGCAGAUUUGCCAUCAGAAUAUUGGCAAAUUCAGAAACUGGUGAAAUAUUUGAAGGGAGGAAAUCAGACAGCUACCGUGAUUGCGUUGUGUUCGAUGAAGGAUUUCAACUUAGCUCAAGAGACCUGCCAGUUGGCAAUCAGGGAUGUUGGAGGCCUUGAAGUUUUAAUAAAUUUGCUUGAUACCGAUGAAGUCAAAUGUAAAAUUGGUUCAUUAAAAAUUCUGAAGGAAAUCAGUCACAAUCCCCAAAUCAGACGUAAUAUUGUUGACCUGGGGGGCUUACCAAUUAUGGUCAAUAUACUUGAUUCCCCACAUAAGAUCCUGAAAUGUCUGGCAGCUGAGACAAUUGCAAAUGUGGCCAAGUUCAGAAGAGCCCGGCGGGCCGUGAGGCAGCAUGGAGGCAUCACGAGGCUGGUGGCUCUCCUGGACUGCAGGCAGAGUGCCGCGGACUUGGCUCCCUUCAGUCUCUACGAGACCAGAAACGUGGAAGUAGCCCGCUGCGGGGCACUAGCAUUGUGGAGCUGCAGUAAGAGUUUCGCGAACAAGGAAGCCAUUCGCAAGGCGGGAGGCAUCCCGCUGCUGGCGCGGUUGCUGAAGACGUCACACGAGAACAUGCUGAUCCCGGUGGUGGGGACCUUGCAGGAAUGCGCCUCCGAGGAAAGCUACCGGGCUGUAAUCAAGGCAGAAAAGAUCAUUGAAAAUCUAGUAAAGAACCUAAAUAGUGAGAAUGAGCAGCUACAACAGCAUUGCGCCAUGGCCAUCUACCAGUGUGCUGAAGAUGAGGAAACCCGGGACCUCGUUCGGAUGCAUGGAGGGCUUAAAACUCUGGCCAGUCUGCUCAGUAACACUGACAAUAAGGAAAGGCUGGCUGCUGUCACAGGGGCGAUAUGGAAAUGUUCCAUCAGCAAAAAGAACGUGACCAAGUUUCGGGAAUACAAAGUCAUCGAAAACCUGGUGGGACUUCUAACUGACCAGCCUGAAGAAGUGCUGGUGAACGUGGUGGGUGCCUUGGGAGAAUGCUGCCAGGAACAUGAGAACAGAGUCAUCGUCCGGAAAUGCGGUGGCAUCCAGCCACUGGUCAACCUCCUUGUUGGUGUGAACCAAGCUCUUCUUGUCAAUGUCACCAAAGCGGUUGGUGCUUGUGCUGUAGAACCCGAGAAUAUGAUGAUCAUUGACCGCUUGGAUGGAGUUCGCUUGUUGUGGUCCUUGCUGAAAAACCCUCACCCCGACGUGAAGGCCAGCGCAGCGUGGGCCCUCUGUCCCUGUAUUGAAAAUGCAAAGGAUGCUGGAGAAAUGGUCCGCUCCUUUGUUGGUGGUUUGGAACUUGUUGUCAAUUUACUGAAAUCAGAUAAUAAGGAAGUUCUGGCAAGUGUGUGUGCUGCUAUUACCAAUAUCGCAAAAGAUCAAGAAAAUUUAGCUGUUAUUACAGAUCAUGGAGUAGUCCCCUUAUUGUCCAAACUAGCAAAUACAAAUAACGAUAAACUGAGGCGUCAUCUGGCAGAAGCGAUAUCACGUUGCUGCAUGUGGGGCAGGAAUCGAGUGGCCUUUGGGGAGCACAAAGCUGUGGCCCCACUAGUGCGUUACCUGAAAUCAACUGACAUCAAUGUGCAUCGAACAACGGCUCAAGCCUUGUAUCAGCUCUCAGAAGAUGCCAAUAACUGCAUCACCAUACACGAGAACGGUGCAGUAAAGCUUCUGCUGGAUAUGGUCGGGUCCCCGGAUGAGGAGCUCCAGGAAGCUGCAGCUGGCUGCAUAUCCAACAUCCGCAGGCUGGCUCUUGCUUCAGAAAAGGCAAAAUACAUUUGAAACCCGAGCAAACGUUACAGACAACCACACUUUACCUGACACAGAACACUCACUCCCAUGGCCACAAAGCCUACAUUGGGAAACUUGUAUUAGCGAAACCUUUACCAGCAGACAAAUGUCUGCAAGAAAACAUGUAUUUGCAGCGCAUAGGGUGUGUCCUCCAAAAAUUACGUGGAUACUUUUGUUCUAUGUAGUUCUUAGGCUUAUGCCAUGUCAUGAAUUGCAAGUCAAUAAACGUGUGAUAAUUUUCCAGGAAUUUGAGAAGCUGAGCACACAGUCCAUACUUAUGCAUUUGUGAGGAUUUUAAU